CUAUAUUCGCGGCCUAAGUUCGACUCUCUGCUCUCGGUAUUCGUAUACCAGCGCUUUCCCCUACUCGAUAUCCUUGUUUUCGUAUUCCUUCGUCCUUUCCCUAUCUUAUAUAUAUAUAUUUUCGACUCCCAAAUAACGGAAUUAUAACGCACUUAUAUUUUUAGUAGCCUACACGUGUGUUACAUAGUUAUAUUACAUUCUCUCGUUAUGGUCGUCAAAGAUUUGUUAACGAUAGCUUUAUUGCUUAUCGCAGGCCAGAGUGUUUUUCUUCAAGCUAAUGAAGUAGUGAAUAAUACAGUAGUGGAAGAAUACAUAGAAAAUAUAUAUCGGCUACCAAACCAUGUCACGCCUAUUCAUUACAAUAUAAAAUUAAUACCAUAUAUCGUGGAAGGUAACUUUACUUUCGAAGGCGAAGAGAACAUCAAGAUUAAGGUAUGGGAACCGACACACAUGAUCGCAUUCCACACCGUACAACUGACAAUAAAUGAAACCUUGACAACAUUGACUCGAGACAUGAAAGAGAACGAUGUAAAUGAUGAACCGAAUUAUGUGCAAAAACAGCAUAAAUAUAAUCGUGCCACGCAAAUUUUGAUCAUACGAUUCGAGAAGCGAUUGGAUCCUGGGAUUUACCAGCUAUAUCUCAAAUUCACGGGUGUGAUUAGUGAUGUUAAUCAUGGAUUCUAUCGAAGCUUCUAUACUGAUAAUGAAGGUCAUAAAGUAUGGUUGGCAGCAACGCAUUUCCAACCUGUUUCCGCACGAAAGGCGUUUCCAUGCUGGGACGAGCCUGCUAUAAAAGCGACCUUCCAAUUUUCCAUAAAACAUUAUCCUAAUUACACAGCGUUGUCGAACAUGCCGUCCAUAUGGUCAGAUAUCGAUUCGGCCGAUGGAAAAUUGUGGACAUUCUUCAUGACAACACCUAUCAUGUCCACCAAUUUAUUGGGAUUUGUGAUCGCCGAUUAUGAGUACAUCAUGAAUUCAAAUGGUGGCAUGAAAAUAUGGGGUCCGAGGCAUCUCCUUCCUUACGCCACAUAUCCUCUUGAUAUCGCUGAGAAAGCAACGCGCGAACUCGAAAGAUUCACCAAUAGCACCGUUCACGUGCUGAAAAUGGAUCACGUUUCCAUUCCUGAUUAUUCAAGCGCUGCCACUGAAAACUGGGGCAUGAUCGUCUACAUGCAAGACGUACUGCUUAAUCGUGAAAAUUCACGUUCGAUAAUUAACACCAUGACAAUUACAAACAAAUUGGCGCAACAAUGGUUUGGAAAUCUAGUCAGCCCGGCUUGGUGGGAUUAUCUUUGGUUGAGCAAAGGCAUAUCGACCUAUUUGAAGUUCUACAUUACGGACAAGUUUAUUAAAGAAUGGCGAUUGAUGGACUUGUUGGUGGUGGAAUAUGAGCAAGCAAAAUUGUUUGAGGAUUUGUUCACUUCCCAACCGAUCAACGUAAACAUUACAAAUCACUUGGAUAUCUCCAAAGCAUAUUCUGACAACACGUAUACAAAAUCUGCUGUUCUAUUGCGAAUGGUAUCGCAUUUCUUGAGAGAAGACGUGUUUCGAAACGGUUUAAUAAAAUAUCUUCAAGCACACGAAUACAGUAGUGCUACACCAGACGAUUUAUGGAAAGCAUUGCAAGAUGCUCUCGACGAAUCAGACGUACUGCACGAUAAUUUAAAAAUAAAAGAAGUGAUGGACACGUGGAUCAAACAGGCAGCGUAUCCUGUCGUGACAGUCGUUCGAAAUUAUGAUACAGGUGAGAUUAACGUGACGCAAAAACGAGUUAUUCAAUUUUCAUCUCUUAAUGACAUUGAAACAACCGGCGCAUGGUGGAUUCCAUUGAAUUAUAUUACCCAAAGUAAUCCGAAUUCUUCGUCAACUCUGGCUACACAUUGGUUAAAACCUCAGAACGAGAGUUUAACGAUCGAAGGAGUCAACAUUAAUGACUGGAUUAUUGUGAAUAAGCAGUUGACAGGCUAUUAUCGCGUAAAUUAUGAUAUAAUCAAUUGGAAACGAAUCAUUGCUUUUCUUAAUUCCGACGAUUACGACAAAAUCCCAAUUUUGAAUCGUGCGCAAAUUAUUGACGACGUUUAUUACUUGAUAACAACUAAACAGCUUGAUUUUAUUAUUUUUCUCGAAGUUAUAAAUUAUUUGUCGCGCGAAAUCGAUCCCAUCCCAUGGUAUCCAGUAUUCCGAAUCAUUUACAGAUUAACUUCAUAUUUGCAGUUGCCCCGUGCAUUUGCGAUCUUUAAACCAUAUUUCUUCAACUUGACGCAUAAGCUAUUUGAACAUAUCGGUUUUGACGAGGAUUCUGAUGAUGAUCCUGCGACUAUAAAAAUUAGGGCAGAUUUCAUGAAUAUUGCUUGUAUAUACAACAUAUAUCCAGACAUGUUUGACAAAUGUCGAGCAAAAGCUACCGCUAAAUUACUUGCAUAUAUGGAAAAUCCAAUCGAAAACAUAAAUAUAUCUGACCAACGAUUUAUUUGCUUUGGCCUGAUGCAAGCAAAUGAAUCUAUUUGGAAUGAAUUUCUGCAGAAAGUAAAGGUACCGAAACAUUGCAUAUUUAUUGGUUGUUCGGAGAAUUUAGACAUCGUCGAAAGCCAUAUAAACAAUUGUGAAAGAUAUUAUAUUUAUAUUAAUAUCUUUUCAAAUAAGUUCCAAACUAUGUCAAUUACAGAUGCAACUAUUGAUUUCUUUAUGAAGAACCUCGACCAUAUUAUUGCAAACGGAACUGUUAGAUUUGUCCUUCGCUUUAUUAUUAUGAGUAUCGGGGAAGAUCAAAUUGAAAAGAUGAAAGCUUUUGCCGAACAACGUGAUCUUGACAUAAGUAUGUAUGUAGUUGAGAGAACAAAAGUCUUAUCCAAAAUAAAUUUUUACUUGGCCAAAAUUCAUAAUGCUCUCGAAAAUAACCAAUUCUCUAUUGCAAUGCACAUUACACUAAAUAAUGCUACAUCAUUAAAAAGGAAUGAACUUUAAUAAAUAAAUGUGCAAAU